UUCUUCUCCUUUUCUCUCCCUUCCUGGUCCGGCUGCCUUCAGUAAUAGCUUGGCCUGCUGCCAAUGGGUCAUGUGGCCCAAGUUGUCCCCUUUGUAUCUGCAGCACCGGGGCAGACUGCUCCAACCACUGUUAUGAGGUAAUACUGAAAGAUUAUGUCCACUAUGGUGUACCCCAGGGAGGAGAAAAUGGACAAGCUAAGCCAAGAAGAGAUUAUCUCCAACACCAAGCUGGUGAUGCAAGGGCUAGAGGCCCUUAAAAAUGAGCAUAAUUCAAUCUUGCACAGCCUACUGGAGACUAUCAAGUGUCUGAAGAAGGAUGAAGAAGCCAACUUAGUACAUGAGAAAGCCAACCUGCUGCGCAAGUCAGUGGAGAUGAUUGAGCUGGGACUUGGAGAAGCUCAGGUCAUGAUGGCACUGUCAAACCACCUGAAUGCCGUUGAGUCUGAAAAGCAGAAAUUGCGGGCCCAGGUGCGCAGGCUAUGCCAGGAGAACCAGUGGCUACGAGAUGAACUAGCAAAUACUCAGCAGAAGUUGCAACGCAGUGAGCAAACUGUGGCACAGCUUGAAGAAGAAAAGAAACAUUUGGAAUUCAUGAACCAGCUGAAGAAAUAUGAUGAAGAUGUAUCCCCAUCGGAAGAGAAAGAAGGUGAUUCUACAAAGGAUUCUUUGGAUGACUUGUUUCCAAAUGAGGAAGAGGAUCAGGGACAAGGAUUACCUCAUCAACACAGCAGUGCUGUAGCAGCUGCUCAGCAAGGUGGUUAUGAGAUCCCAGCACGCUUGCGUACACUACACAAUCUGGUGAUCCAGUAUGCAUCACAGGGACGCUACGAGGUGGCUGUGCCUCUUUGCAAGCAAGCCCUGGAGGACUUGGAGAAGACUUCAGGACACGAUCACCCUGAUGUAGCCACCAUGCUCAACAUCUUGGCCUUAGUAUAUAGGGAUCAAAAUAAAUAUAAAGAAGCAGCUCACCUGUUAAAUGAUGCAUUGUCUAUUAGAGAGAAAACUCUUGGUAAAGAUCAUCCCGCAGUUGCUGCAACCCUAAAUAAUCUAGCCGUUCUAUAUGGCAAAAGAGGGAAAUACAAGGAGGCAGAACCAUUAUGCAAGCGGGCACUGGAAAUCCGGGAAAAGGUUCUAGGCAAAGAUCACCCAGAUGUGGCCAAACAGUUAAAUAACUUGGCUUUACUAUGCCAGAAUCAGGGCAAGUAUGAAGAAGUAGAAUAUUACUAUCGCCGAGCACUGGAGAUCUACGAAUCCCGCCUAGGGCCUGAUGAUCCAAAUGUUGCUAAAACAAAGAACAAUCUGGCCUCCUGCUACCUGAAACAAGGCAAAUACAAGGAUGCCGAGACCCUGUACAAGGAAAUUCUCACCCGUGCCCAUGUGAAGGAAUUCGGCACAGUUGAUGAUGAACACAAGCCUAUAUGGAUGCAUGCAGAAGAAAGGGAGAAAAUGAGCAAGAGUAAACAUGGAGAAAACAUCCCUUAUGCAGAGUACGGUGGCUGGUACAAGGCCUGCAAGGUCAGCAGCCCCACAGUGAAUACCACUCUGCGGAACCUGGGUGCAUUAUACAGGCGUCAGGGUAAACUGGAGGCUGCAGAAACUUUAGAAGAGUGUGCACUACGUUCCAGGAGACAGGGUAUUGACCCCAUUAACCAGACUACAGUGGUGGAAAUUCUCAAAGAGGGUGAUGGCUCUGAGAGGAGGAGGAGCCGAGACAGCCUGGGGGGCAGCAUCAAAUACGAGAAUACCACAGAUGGUAAUGAGGAAGUGAGUAUGGGCGUGGAAUGGAAUGGGGCUUAAAUGCCUCCUGAGGCUUGUCCCCCCUCCCUUUCAACACAAUCACCUGGAUGCUUGUGCAGCUUCUUUCAACUUUUUCUUCCAAAUCAUUCCCCUCCUUCCACUGUUCCUGCUUUCCUCGGCAAGGAGUCCACACCUGUCCCCAACCAACCUUCCAUCCAAAGUGAGCACCAAGGAACACAGCAGAGGAACACUGGCUGCACACGGCUCUACUACAGCAACAAUCAGCAAGAGAACAGGAAGAAACUCUACAAGGUUGCCUCUCUCCACUUCCUUUGUCUGCCAGAACAGGACUUUUCCAGGAUUCCCUGUGGCUUCCUUUGUUCUCUUUCCUGUACCUUAACCAGUGGGGAAGAGGUUGAUGUUUGAGAAUGACUUGUUCCCUACUCUGGUGACACUACAUUCGCAAUUGCCCAUCUUCCUAUUCCUUGCCUUCCCAUUUUGCUGCCUUCAUUUGAACAAUAUGCCCCUUCCUGAUCUUUCAUGCUGCUUCCUUUUUCUUUCUCUUGCUUCCAUGGCAUAAAGUACAGAAUUAAGAGAUAGAAACAAACAGCCUAAUAUCUUUUCCCCAACUCCCAUCUUUAAAUUAUACACAAGGACAAAUGGGCUGAAUAAAUCAUGCUCUUAACUGAUGGCAAAAUGUUUUGAAUGCCCACUGCUGAUAUUAUACGAGCCUGGUUUCCACCUUAAGCAGUAUUUUAAACCAGAGAUCCAUAAAGAAAGAUAGAGAAACAGCUCAUCUGUAUCCUCUAGUAUCUGAGGCCCUUUAGCUUCAAGAUAUAAAGGGAUUAGAGACAAAAGCUUGAGCUGUGCCUUCUCUCUAAAGUCUUGCUUUCACAGAAAUGAAAAUAGGCAUUAGAAACAGCAGAAGGUGGCAUUCAGAGAGCUAACGUUAAGUCUUUGACUGAUUAAUCCCAGUUUGCACUUGCUUUGCCUGUUACACUUCAGAAUGCUAGCAUUUCACAAGAAAAUGCUUCUCUAAUAUGACAACCUUGGGAAUAUUUUUCUCCCACAGUUCCUCUCUCAUAGAAGGAAUAGUAAUUGCUGAAAAAGAUGGCCAGACUGCCACUGUUUCCUUACUAUUCUGCCCACAGAGCAAGAGGGGUGGGAUAGUUGAUGGAGUUUCAUCUCCAAAUUUAUUGUCAUUAAUGUAAAUUUUUAACAAUGCAUUGCAUGUGUGGUCCCAGCCAAAUGCUACAAAGCAAGCACAUAGAAGAUUGGUGUGUUAAAUGGUAACGUGGCACUAUUAGCUACUGCUUAUUUAGAAGCAUGUCAAGUGAGCAGAAAAGAAAGUAGGAAUUUGCACGCCCUGUAAGAGAAUGAUGAAGGAAGGAGUCUUGCAUGCAAGAACAAGGAGCAGAGACAAUAGAAGGCAGAAGUUUUAAAGUGGGAAUAAGUUGAGCUCUGGAGGAAUUUCACAGAGUAAGAAAGGCUCUAGUAGAAAUGGAUUUUCAGUAGACAGUGCCUUCCUGUUUGCAUUUUCUUAAAAAUAAAUUCAACUACAUUUAAUCCUGUUUCCUCCCACAUGCCUAGGAUUACCACCCUGGUAGAAGUUGUCUUUGAAUGGAUGAGCAUGUUGCCAUAUAGUGAGUUGAGAUAGGGGUACUGGGCAGGAAAAAAAAAAGGCUGAUUCCCUCAGGAAUUAGGCUACAAUAUUUUUAUAGGGUGGGGAUAUGACUCCCAACAUUCAGACAGGAUACACUGACCUAAAAUUAUUGAGAAAAGGAGAAAAAACUGAUGAUAUUCUAAUCCGAACAAAGCAGUAACGUGUUCUAUAUAGCAAAAUAGGAAAGCAAAUCUGGGGCUAUAUUGAAAGAAGCCUUCUCUUUCACCCAGAGAAAACUAGAUGUUAAAAUAUUUAGGCUAGGAAUCUAGUUUCUAAGAUAGUUUAUUAUUUACAUUAGUGCUAAAUAUGUGGUGUUUUUUUUUUCCAUUUCUAAGGGAUAGCCUGAUGCUUUAAUCCAUUUCCAGGGCAAGCAUAUCUGAGAGAAAACUUUUUUCAGCCUAUCUGCUGAUCAUAGUUUUAGGCUGUGUGCAUGUGAUAGGGGAGGGGGUUAAUGUAGGUUAAUAUCUUUGUGAAUAUAGCUGGUUUCUAAAAGUAAGAAAAUAUUAGCUAAGUUUACAAAUUAGGCUAGGCAUUAGAUAAGACAGUUUUUGAAGCUAUGAGUGGAACUGAAUGGAACUGAAUAAUAAAAGUAUGGCAUGAUUAUUUUGUAUGGCUUUUUGAAGUACCCAUGCCUGCCUCCUGCUGAAGGAGCAAGAAACCAGAUCAUUAAUUCAAUCAACCAGGAGGGUUGUACUCAGGUGGAAUUUUGCCACAGGGCAAUUUGAAAUUUUUUUAAUGUAGCUCCUUUUGGAAGUCUUGUGCAGCUGUGGUAAACCUUUGCUUUUGGCUAUGUGCUUCAGGAAAGGACGUUCAAGUAUACCUGAAUCAGGGCAGCUUCUGUCUUACCCUGUGGUUGAGGUGGGCAAUAUUUGUGAUCUCUUGCUAAAAAUCCUCCUCUACUUUCACUGGCUGUUAUGACUCUGCCUUGCCCAAGAAGGUGUCUGAUGUUCCAAUGAAGAAGCCCCUGGAGGUGAACCCACAUGCUGUUCUUGCAUCUUCCUCAUAAAAUGCGACCAGCUCUCAUUCCCGCUCGACUUUCUGUGUUGCAAUGGGCUAUCUACAAGUCUUUUUAUCGCACUGUCUAGCGGGGCUGAAAUUCUGUGUUCUACUCUCUGUCUUUGAGACCUACACGGUACUUUCCUUGUCACUGUGUACUCAUUUACCUCUGAUUAAAGGCAGAAGGACUUGAA